CAAAUGAUUAUAUAAAACUACACAAACCAUCCUUUGUAAUCUACUACUCCCUCUCACACUACACAACACAUAAUUUAAAAAUCCCAGUUAUCCAUGCAGAAACCUGUGCUUAAUUGAAGGAACAAAACCCGCUCAUUAAGCUUAAUUUUUUUUUCUUUAUGUUCCUUAAACCAUAAUUUCCAUCGAGUUUCGUAAAUUCUGUUCUGUUUUGUCUCUCUAAUUACUCCUUUUUUUAUUCCUUCCAUAAAAUCUAACUGCUGGUUCAAAGCACUAGAUUUGCCUUGGUCUUUUCCUGUAAAACUGUAUAUAUAAAAGUUAAAGGAGUUUGUUGAAGAAGCAUGGAGCCCUUGAAGCUGAAAGGGAUCAUAUAAAUAUUCUGAGUUUUCAUCAGGGGUACAAGUAAUCAUCCAAAAAAAGCUAGAGAAUUUUAUAUUUUUUUUUAUCAAAAAUUGGGAUUGUUGAAAUUAUAAGUUGAAGAAAUGGAAGGUGGGAUUUAUUCAGCUGGGAAAAAGGGUGGUUUUCUUGAUUAUUUAAUGGAAGAUCAAGAACAGAAGCUGGUGCCGUUAAUGCCAGCAAUACCUGAACCACAAACACCAAAGGAACCUAUGGAGUAUUUAUGUAGAUCAUGGAGUCUAUCUGCUUCAGAGAUUUCUAAAGCUCUUGCUCAGAAACAGAAACAAUUUUUGGUUGAAAAGCGAACUAAUCAUAUAUUUCCAGCAGAUACAGUUGUUCCUCCACAAUUUACAGGGUCGAAGGUGAUAAGUUCGAUGCAUUCGAGAAAGACGGGAUCGAUAGGGAAGUGGUUCCACCACAAGGAGCUGAGCAGUAGUACAGUGAAGAAGAAAGAUAAGGCACGGAUCGAAAAUGCGCAUAUGCAUUCUGCUAUAUCUGUUGCUGGACUAGCUGCAGCUUUGGCCGCUGUUGCUGCUGCUGCUGGAAACUGUAGUGACUCGGGAUCGAAAAUGAGCAUGGCUUUGGCUUCAGCUACAGAACUUUUGGCAUCACACUGUAUAGAAUUAGCAGAAUCAAUUGGAGCAGAUCAUGAUCGUGUAGCUUCUGUUGUCAGAUCAGCUAUAGAUAUUCAUAGUCCUGGUGAUCUGAUGACCCUUACAGCUGCUGCUGCAACAGCUUUACGGGGAGAAGCAGCACUAAAAGCAAGAUUGCCGAAAGAAGCACGAAAGAAUUCUUCAAUCAGUCCCUACGAUCGGGGACUGGCGGAUGCCUACUGGGGUUCUGCUUCCUCUACCGGUAAUGGAGUAGAAGUGCAGGCUCCUUCCUGUGAUGGAGAACUAUUGCAACACACAAGAAAAGGAGUGUUGCGAUCGAAACGCAUAUCUGUCUACAUCAACAAGAAAUCACAGAUCAUAAUUAAGAUCAAAAGCAAACAUGUUGGAGGAGCUUUCUCCAAAAAGCACAAAUGUGUUGUGUAUGGUGUCUGUGAUGAGACUACAGCAUGGCCUUACCGAAAAGAAAGGGAAAGUUCUGAAGAAGUUUAUUUUGGCCUCAAGACUGCACAGGGUCUUCUAGAGUUCAAGUGCAAAAGCAAGAUUCAUAAGCAAAGAUGGGUUGAUGGAAUUCAAAGUCUUCUUCGUCAAGUCAGCUGUGUCGAAGCAACAGAACCGUCACUAGAAUUUCUAAACAUAAACAAUACCACAUAGUAUGUGAUCCAUUUUUUGCAUAUGAAGACGUCCAAGAGAGUUUAUCAAUCACCAAUGAUCUAUAUAGUGUGACACAAUGAUGUACAUGUGAAAAUUUUGUUUAAUAACCAUUAAAUAUAUAUAGUCUUCAAGUUCAAACAAAACCAA